UCGGCCCAUAUCGCUGAAGAGGCUUGGUGGUGCGCCUGGCGUGUGGGGCUGCGCUGCUCGCCGUCUCCACCGCCGACGCCGCGGCAAACCAGCGCGCGACCACGGGAGGGAGACGGCCAUGGGGGCGAUGGAGCUGGAGAUCCUGGGCAUGAACUUCGGGUGCGUCCUCGCGGCGCUCGCGGACGCAAAGAUCCCCGACAAGGGCUGCCUCCUCCCCCUCGUGUCCAAGCUCCUCGGCUACGGCAUCGUCGCCGCAUCCACCACCGUCAAGCUCCCCCAGAUACUUAAAAUUUUGAAGCAUGGAAGUGUUAGAGGACUUAGCGUAGCAUCCUUUGAGCUUGAGGUUGUAGGGUACACGAUUGCUUUGGCAUAUUGUAUUCAUAAAGGAUUGCCCUUUUCAGCUUAUGGAGAGCUAGCUUUUCUGUUGAUCCAAGCAAUCAUCUUGGUUGCCAUCAUUUAUUAUUACUCCUCACCAGUGGGAACCAAAACAUGGAUGAAAGCUUUAUUAUAUUGUGGAUUGGCUCCAACUGUUUUGUCUGGAAAAAUUGACCCUGCUCUUUUUGAAAUCCUUUAUGCUUCACAGCACGCUAUCUUCUUUUUUGCUAGAGUUCCACAAAUAUGGAAGAAUUUUAUGAAUAAGGGCACUGGCCAGCUGAGCUUCUUGACCUGUUUCAUGAACUUUGCUGGUUCAAUUGUAAGAGUUUUCACCAGCAUCCAGGAGAAGACUCCCUUGAGUGUGAUCAUGGGCUCCGCAAUUGGUAUCGUGAUGAAUGGUACAAUCUUGGGUCAGAUUGUAUUGUACCAAAAACCUGCUCCGAAGAAACAGAAGAAAGAGGAUUAAGCAACACACAAGAGACUGCACAAAGUUCAUCCUGGUGGUUUAGGAUUUUGUUGAAGGGUUUACCAUCUUCUUGGCAACUUGUUUGAUGAGGAAAACGAUAGGCAGAAUAGUCUUCCUAUGGAUAUUUAUGUGUUGUUGCUUUCAGCUCAGUACCAUGACUGAUCUAGUUACAUACAAUUGUCAAUCUGUGUGUAACUGUAUAAGCUGCUGCUGAUGGAUGUUUGGCAUGUAUGAGUUUUCCUUUUAAUUAUGCCGUUCCAUGUUUGAGUUUCAUUCUACGUUUUCAUCAGCUGCUUAGCGGCGGGAACAUUGAACAAUGGCCGCAGAGACUGACUUCAAAAAUAUAGAGAUGUCAGCAGAGGCAAAAUUCAGA